AUGAAUGUCACUCAGGUGUUGGAAGGCACCAUCUCGCCAGAUGCCACCACACGUACCAACUCUGAGCAGCAGUUGCUCCAUGCGGCAGAGGUCGACUUUGCCGGAUAUCUCGUCACCUUAGGUCAAGAACUCGCAAAUGAAAACUCCGCAUCCCACAUCAGAACCGCCGCCGGUCUCGCUCUAAAGAACGCUUUCACCUUCAGGGAUCGAGAAAGACUAAACGAAGUUCAACAAAAAUGGCGCCAGCAAAUUACCACAGAAAUUAAGGCGCAAGUCAAGAAACUGGCCAUCGACACACUCGGCUCCAAAGAUGGGCGGGCCGGUCAGUCAGCUGCUCAGUUUAUUGUCUCUAUCGCUGCCAUCGAGCUGCCACAGAAUGAAUGGCCCGAUUUGAUGCAGGUUCUCGUUCAGGGUGUCGCGAGUGGAUCCGAUCAAAUGAAGCAGGCCUGCCUGAUCACCAUCGGUUUCAUUUGCGAAUCUCAGGAUCUGGAACUUCGAGAAAGUCUGGCUGCACACUCCAAUGCUAUUCUUACGGCUGUUGUUCAGGGGGCUCGUCGCGAGGAGCAGAGCAUGGACAUUCGAUAUGCCGCUAUCAAGGCCCUCAGUGACUCUGUAGACUUUGUACGAUCGAAUAUGGAAAAUGAGGGCGAACGGAACUACAUCAUGCAGGUUGUUUGUGAGGCUACGCAGGCUGAUGACCUCCGUGUCCAGGCCGGUGCUUUCGGUUGUCUGAACCGUAUUAUGGGUGCUUACUACGAUAAGAUGAGCUUUUACAUGGAGAAGGCUCUGUUUGGCCUCAGUAUCAUGGGAAUGAAGAGCGAGGAGGAAGAUGUAGCCAAGCUUGCUAUUGAAUUCUGGUGUACCGUUUGCGAAGAAGAAAUUGCUAUUGAAGAUGAUAAUGCUGCGGCCCAAGAGGAGGGUUUGACUGAUGUCCGCCCAAUGUAUGGCUUUGCGCGCAUUGCUUGCCGCGAGGUUGUCCCAGUGCUUUUGCAGUCAAUGUGCAAGCAGGAUGAAGAUGCAGGAGAUGACGAGUACAACGUUUCCCGUGCGGCCUACCAGGCCCUGCAACUAUACGCCCAGUCCGUUCAGGCUGAGGUCAUUCAGCCUGUCCUGGCUUUCGUUGAGGAGAACAUUCGCCAUGAAGAUUGGCGCCGCAGAGACGCUGCCGUGGCCGCCUUCGGCGCGAUCAUGGAUGGCCCAUCCCCUCAGGUUCUGGAGCCUCUGGUGAAGCAGGCUCUGCGUGUUCUCGUCAGCAUGAUGGAAGACAGCUCCAUCCAGGUCCGUGACUCUGCUGCCUACGCCCUCGGCCGCGUUUGCGACUUCUGCUCCGAGACUCUCGACCCUGACGUCCACCUUCAACCCCUUAUCUCUUGCCUCUUCAACGGCCUUGCAAGCUCUCCCAAGAUUGCUAGCUCAUGUUGCUGGGCAUUGAUGAACGUUGCCGACCGUUUCGCCGGUGAUCCUGGUGCUCAGACCAACCCCAUCUCGAAAUAUUUCGAGGAGAGCGUGAAGUCGCUCUUGACGCUUACGGAGAGACAAGAUGCGGAUAACCAGCUUCGAACCGCUGGCUACGAAGUUCUCAACUCUUUCAUCACAAACGCUGCGAAUGACAGCCUUCCCAUGGUUGCCAACCUUUCCGAUCUUAUCCUUCAGCGCCUGGAGCAGACCAUUCCCAUGCAGCAGCAAGUCGUCAGUGUUGAAGACCGUAUCACUCUUGAGGAGAUGCAAACCGGCAUCACUAGUGUUGUUCUAGCCAUUGUCCAACGUCUUGAAGCCGAAAUCAAGCCCCAGGCUGACCGCAUCAUGCACACCCUGCUUCAAGUUCUCUCCACAGUUCCUCCUAAAUCCAGCGUACCUGAUGUUGUGUUCUCGACGGUGGGUGCGGUCGCUGGUGCUCUGGAUGAAGAAUUUGAGAAGUACAUGGAGCCUUUCAGCCCGUUCCUCAACAACGCCCUCGGCAACCAGGAGGAGCCGGGUCUUUGCUCAAUGGCCAUUGGCUUGGUCAGCGAUAUCUCUCGUGCAUUGAACGAGAAGAUCUCGCCGUACUGUGACGCCUUCAUGAACCACCUCAUGAACAACUUGAGCAGUGCCACAAACCAGCUCAAGCCUGCCAUUCUUGAGACGUUCGGAGAUAUUGCUCAGGCUAUUGGCGUACAAUUCGAUAAAUACCUGACCGUUGUUGGCCAAGUACUGAAGCAGGCCUCCUUGGUCACCGCAAGCUCUGAUGUCACCAUCGAAAUGUUGGAUUAUGUCAUUUCCCUUCGUGAGGGUAUCAUGGAUGCCUGGGGUGGUAUUCUUAUUGCUUACAAGGGCAGGCCACAAGUGAAAUCCCUGGAGGAAUUCGUCCAGCCUAUUUUCGAACUCCUUCGCCUUAUUUCUCAAGAUCCCAGUUCUCGCAGCGAAGGGUUGAUGCGGUCAUCUAUGGGUGUCCUUGGUGACCUUGCUGAUGCGUACCCUGACGGUUCUAUCGCCGCCUUCUUCCGUAAUGAGUGGGUCACAAGCUUGGUGAGGGAAACCAGAACCAACCGCGAAUACGGUCCCCGCACCAUUGAUACCGCUCGCUGGGCUCGUGAGCAGGUCAAGAACCAGAUCAACAUGCAGGGCGGUGGAAUGUCAUAA